AAGUAGUUCCACUAUAGAUUUGAAAUGUUUUACACAAAAGUUGGUUGCAAAAUUUAGAGCAAUUAUCGUACCGGUAGUAGGAUUGAAGAACAAUAAGAAGAGGAAUGCUAGUGAUUCUGUAUAUGUGUAG